AUGAGUUUCCUGAAUGCAAUCACCUUUGCUGCAUACAAGACUACCGUCAACAUGUUUGAUGCAUCUGAACAUACACCAUUGGCAACAGCUUGCUCCGGAGCCGUGGCCGGUGUAGUUCAACUUGUGCCUAGUGUACCGAUCGAGGUGAUUAAGAUCCACCAGCAGGCAGAAGCAGCGAAUAAAUCCAGUGCGCGAUUUCCGUACUCUUAUAUUUGA